AUGCAAGAAUCUCGAGAGGGCAGGGGAAUGGCAGGGUCAAAGCUUGUCAAGAUCUACGAGACCCUUUGCGCGCUGAAAGAACAGUACGGUGUGAUCCAUGGUGAGGAGAAAGAUGAGGACAUCGCCCGAAGACUUGAUGAUGUCAUUGAUUGCGUGCAUGAGUUUGCGUCGACCUCUCUCGAUGACCAUGAGAGCGAGGUGUACGCGGCAGCCGUUAAGAGCUGCAAUGAAGGACAGAGCGACCGACACCAUGAGGUGUCUAGUUCCCCAUCAACGGAUCGGACAUGCGAGAAACCCACCUCUGGCCAAGAGCUCAAGGAACAGCUCAAAUCGUACGAGGCUAGGAUAGCUCAGCUGGAAGAGGAGCUCGACAAGAGCAGGAAGAGCCAUCAGGCGGGGGGUUCCCUUGCCGCGAUCCAAUCACCGCGGAAUAUCGACGAUCUGGACACUCUGCGACGGUACGUGCUGCAAGCACGCGAGAUGGUGCAUGAGAAGGACGAGGAGAUCGAAGAGCUUCACAGGCUGAUGCUGGAGCAGCGGACAGUGCUGGAGAGAGAGAUGUCGUCCAAGAUGAAAGUGAUUAUGGAGGACAUGGAAGGACAGGUAGGGGGCUCGGGUGCAGCCAGCGGCACUGGCAGCAAGACGAAGAAAGGAGGAAAGAUCUCUGCAGCGCGAUAUGAGGAGAUGGCGUCUGAGAAUGCGCGCCUCAAGAUGCAGAUCCAAGAGCUUCGUAAUGCCCUUUCAUCUGCUACAAGAAGAUCUACAAACUUCCUCAGCGGAGGCUCAGCUAAGGUACGAGGCGUGCGAUGA